AUGGUCUCCGAAGCUGAGGUCGAGAUCGACCCUGAGGAAGAAGAUGAGCUUGUGGCCGACGGUGGAGAUCCACCUCAGGCGACUUUGGAUGAGGUGCUUCAGAUGGAGGCUGAAGGCUUGGCGCAGGACCUUGAGGAAGCAGCCGAAUGUGGCCUUGACAGCGACACUUUGCAGCAGAUUGAGGAGUCAGUUGAAACUGCGGCAGAAGCUCUUCUCACGAUGCGUGAGGCCAAGGUCAAGCUCCAAGAAGUGAAGAAGGACCGUGGCUAUGGCCGUGCUUCACCUGCUGACCAAAAGGGCAAGAUGAACCCCAAGAAGCAGUCUUCGAAGCAUCCUUGCUUCGAUUGCAACUUGCCAGGCCACUGGGCCGGUGAUCCUGAGUGCACAAAGCCUGGACAAGGGCUUGGUCGAAAGAACAAGCAGGUCAAGCAAGUGAAGGUCACGGAGGCCUUGAACACCGAAGUGUCUCCGCCUGUGAUGGAGGAUGGAGGCCAUGAAGUUUUGGCAGUUGGAGCCUUCCCCAUGACGAAUGAGUUCGUGGCAGCUUUUGAACAGUCUCACCUCCAUCCACAAGAGGUGAAUGUUGCUGGCAAGCUCUCUGCCGACAAAAUGCUUGUUGGAGCCCUUGAUUCAGCUUGCAACCGCACGUGCACUGGGACGGAGUGGCUCAACAACUACCUCCGUUGCCUGAGAGAUGCCCCCGAAGAAGUUCGUGGUUUGGUCAAGUCCCACAAGGAGUAUGAGACCUUCAAGUUUGGCAACGGUGGAACCCAAGUCAGUGUUGCACGGUGGCGGCUCCCCAUGCAGUUAGAUGGCUCCAUCAUUUGUUUUUUGGACUUCAUUGGUGCCGGUCGUGAUUUUCUAGAAGCAAUUGGAGCUGACAUGCAUUUUGCCCAUCGCACCCUUCGAUGUGAACACCUCACGGGCAAGCCGAUUUCCUUGAAGCAGCUGGCUGCAGGUCAUUUCCUCCUGCCAUUGGUGCCAGCAGCCUGGUCAGGUGUGGGGCCACAGCGUUGGAAGCGUUUGGGAGUUGAUGGUGUUUUGGAACUGCAGUUGAGUCCUGUUCAAUGGCUUCAAAAGAAACUGUCUUUUGGUUCAUCUUUGAAGAGCAGUUCACAUGACCACCUCCUGACAGAGCAGAGCGUUCGUGUGGGCCAUUUGGUUUGUGCAGUUCUUCGCUCACCUGAUGUUUUUGGCUCAUCGGUUCAAGCUCAAGGUGCGUCCAUGAAGCCGGAAGGGACGACCGAUCGAAAUUCGAGCAACCUCUUGGGAGGCGAGAGCGCCAACAUGGACGUGAAGGUCGGAAGAUGGAAGCGGAUGUUCCUCCGCAUGGGAGAAAGGUUUCGCUGGGCAGCAAAAGGAUUGCUCCUUUGGCUUUUGCAAAGGCCCUACUUGCGAUAUCUGCCAUUGCCCUAUCCCUCGACUACCACGACAGCAGCUUGGUUGGCUCAGGUGCGCAAGCAGGUUUCAGAUGGAACCAUCCCUCCAAGGUACCUCAAGAACUGCCUGGAGAAGAACCUGUUCACCAUGAGCAACUUGGCAGAAUGUCGGCACCUUCGCAACCGGGUGGGGCUCAGGACAUCGUUCAUCGAAGAUCCCGUCCUGGCAGGAAUGAUGGCAGCGCAGACGACCAAGGGCAUCACAGCCAAACUGAGGAGUGCUGCUCAGAAGGAAGCCAAAGAGCUGGCCAAGAAAGCAGAAGCAGACGGAAGUCGAGAACAAGAGGCUCGGGCACUCAUUGGCCCACGAGGAGGUCUUCCUACCCUCCGAGCAGAUCUGGUGAAGUUGGCUGCUUUGCUUCAUGUGGAUCUGGGCGAGAAAGACUCCGUGGCUCAGAUCAAGGAAAAGGUGAAGCCUAUGAUCGAGAUCCUCAAGAACAAGAAGCCAGCGAUAAGCCCAGCAAAGGCCAACACGGCCGAAGAGAUUUCAGCGAGCUCUUCUUCACCGCCCGCCAGGCUGUUCAACGACAACCCCAAGAACCUGGCAGUUCAGCAGCAAGAGAUGAGGGCUAUGAUGGAGCAGAUGUCUCGCGAGCUGGCAUUGCUGCGCUCACAAGUGACUCCGGAAAUGGAGGUGGAUCUCAGCUCAGAGCCAAGUCUGAUCCCAGACUCGCCACAGGAUGCCUCACCCGUGAACUUCACCGAGGCCGAGAUUCGGGAAUUGAAUGGUCAGGCCUACGAGGAGCUGUACGGAGCCAAUUUGACAGCUCAGUUCGGGGACGACAUUCCGGCCGAAGUGAUGCAGGAGAUCCGUCUGGGUCUCAGGGAUGGAGCAGGGAU